AUGUCGACUUGUCUUCAGAAAGUCUUGCCCCAGUUGAAGAAGCCGGGACCGAGUCCGACGUCCACUUCUGUACCAUCGAACUUUCGAUUCUUGAGCUUGCGCUGCCUCGCGUCGGGCGUCCGAAACGGGUUUAACAAGGUGAUUGCAUCGGCGCAGCUGGUGAUUCCUGUCGAUGUGGCAGAGGCAGAGGCUGAUACGCUGGAAUCUGGACAGGAGGCUGCUGUGAUCGCUGCGCACACUGAUGAUCGACACACAAGCGCGCUUGGUGGCUUGGAAAUUCCGAAAGGUCGAGAGCGUCAUGGUAAAGCUGCCCGCGAAGUCCGCGCCAAAGCAUUGAGGUCAACAUUCCUCUGUCCACUACUCCACCCAUGCGCUCAUCUUCGUCAAACCUUGCCUGGGACAGCUCCAUUUUCUUCAUGCGCUCGUCCAUGCCAGCUAGCAUCUUGA